AAAUAAAUACCCAGGCCUGCACAAAAACUUCCAUAUUUCCCACCAAACUUCAAAGAAUUUGUUUCUUUGAGUUUGAGAUUUAAUUUGUUUUGGUAAGGUCCAGAGUUCGAAUCCCGAUUUAAUUUGUUUGGUGAGGUCGAGGGAUCGAAUCCCAUGGCGAGAUGGAUUGGAAUGGAGAGCUCGGGUUCAGCAGGCUCUGUAGGUUUUGUAGCGGUGGUCGUAUGCGUGCUAGCGGUGGCCGCUCUAGUGACGGCUCUCUGCGCUACACACUUCCGCAAAGAAGAGAAGACCCGCAAAAGCGAUGGUCAUAUGGACCAGCCGGCUUGCAAUUUCGUUACAAAUUUCAAGCUCCCGCCAAAGUCCCCCGGCAGAGCCAUUUUCAACAGCUUAAGCGGUCCGAAAAAGCUUCUGCUGAGCAGAAAAUGGGGGAAGAGUGAGGAAGAUGAGCUUAAGGCAUAUGACAGUGCGGUCACUGAAGAAGGGGAUUUUCUGUGGCAGAGGAGUAUUUUAAUGGGGGAAAGGUGUAAGCCCCCGGAUUUCUCAGGGAUGAUUAUUUAUGACGAUAAGGGUAACCGUUUGCCCCAUUUUCCUCCAAGGUCUCCAAAGCUCAACCUUUUUCAUCCUUCUCUUGAGGCGGAAGCUCAGCGUUAACGCAGUUUGAGGAAAUAUUUAGUUUACAGGAUGAGAUUCGAACCUGGAAUCUCGAAUUGUUUGGUGUUGAAGCAUAUACGGCAGCGAUAUCUUCUUAAAUCUGUCAUCUUUAACUAUUUAAUUUUACAGGAUGAGAUUCGAACCUUGAAUCUCGAAUUGUUUGGUGUUGAAGCAUAUACAUCAGCGAUAUCUUCUUAACUCUGUCAUCUUCAGACUAUUUUAUCCUUCCAGAGGACUCUGUAAGCUAGAAAAAAUCUGCAAGUUAAAAGUGGAUUGAACACAGUUUUCUGCGUCUGUUCUGUUGAAAAAAGGUCUGGAUAUACUCUUGAAAAUCUACCUGUGAGCUUCUUAGCUCCCAAAGGUGCUAUUGUUAUGUAUAUCUGAUCUUAGUUUUAGUUUAUUUCAAUAUGAUAAUAUGCAGUUGUGGAAACACUAUGAAUUUCUUGUUUAGACAGAAGAAAAGAUUCUUAUUA